AUGUGUAUCCCUCCAAGGCACGCCAACAAAACGUUCAAAAGUUGUUGGUAUUGCAAACCUAAGACUGUUUUUAUUUUUUGCAGGGGCGAAGCAGGAAACGAUACCACUGAUUUUGCAGUUCUGCGUGAGUUUUAUGACAAAAUCGAGCACAAAAUUGAAGAAUUCAAAGGAAAAUGGAAGGGGCAGCCAGACUUCUCCGCCCGUGUUGGUAUGCAGAAGAUGGGAUGGUCAGCUAAACAACCCAUAAAAAGUGUUAUUGAAUAUUUCAACUUCGAUUUCGAGUUUGCGAGGCCUCCAGAAGAGGUUUCCUUUCACAACAUGUUUGAGCGCGGAGAAGACUUUUUCAUCGCUGAUGGGCGAGGAGUAUGGUCCAUGUACGAAGAUCUUUAUAAGCCAUUGGAAGCGAAGACUUUGCUGGGCAAAUUAAUCACAAAAAUCAAGCAUAAUGCCGAUUCCGUUGAAGUACAAACCUGCGAUGGAUGGAGUUACCAGGCAGAUUAUGCCCUUUGUACAUUUAGCUCUGGAGUUCUGGCCAGCGACUUGGUUACUUUCGAGCCAGCCCUUCCUGAUUGGAAAAAAGAGGCCAUUUAUAAAAACCCGAUGUCGCCUUACACAAAAAUUUUUCUGAAAUUUCCAAAAAAGUUCUGGGAUGAUCACGAAUAUACUCUGUACGCUUCCAAAGAGCGCGGACGUUUCCCUGUGUGGCAGGACCUGUCAAGACCUGGGAUCUUUCCCGUUUCGAGUGGGAUGUUACUGAUCACUGUGACAGGGGCUCAAGGACGAAGGAUUGAGGGGCAAUCAUUUAAUGAAACAAAGGCAGAGAUCAUGGGAAUGUUGAGAAAGAUCUACGGGAAUGGCAUCCCUGAAGCGACAGGUGAGGGGCAAUAGUUAAGCUUUGCAGGGUUCCUCUUAACCAGAUAUCAACAUAUCAUAUCGUUCAUUCUGAACUUAGUCAAAAGAAAUAUCUUCAGGUAAAGAGAUAAAUUAGUGAUAGUUUCAAUAAAUGUAUGUCUCUUCCUUUGCUGGUAAUUAUUCCUACAGAAAGCAAUACAAUUAAGACACGAAAUUGUGGCCUUAAAAAACUUGAUUAUUACUAAACUAGACUCAAAACAAGUAACAAAAGACGAACUAAUGGGAACGCCACCCAAAAAGAGUGAGUUCUGGCUAGUCUUAUUCACUGCACAAAGAUAUUUACCAUUAGAGUCUGUGGGUCUCCCACAUCAUGAUGCAAGUACUCUCUUUGACAUAACUAUUGUAUAUUUUCUUCAGAUAUUUAUUAUCGGCGUUGGUCAAAGGAGGUGCUGACGCAAGGCGCAUAUUCAGAACCAGUGGUGGGUAUGACUUCUGAAGACUGGGAGAACAUUGGAAAAAACCUGGGACGUCUGUACUUUGCUGGCGAAGCGACCAGCAAAAACUGGUCAGGCUAUAUGCAAGGUGCUUACUGGACCGGUGACGAGAAAGGGAACACGAUCGCUGAGAACAUCUCUCCAAGUGAAUCUUCCAGAAAACCGGGAAAACCAAAGAGUGAGGCGACCUCCACCGAAGUGUCUUCAGUAGGAAUAUUGUUGCUCCCUCUUUGGUCUAUGAUCGUGUGGAAGUAAAACAAUUCAUCAAGCCGGCAAGAGAUUUGUUAUUAGCCCUGAUAGCCCCAGUGCAGCCCUUACUGACUGAUAGAGUGACAUAACUGUAACUUUGAUGAAACAUUCGUGUUGCAUAGAAGACCCACUAGAUGUAGUAGUGUGCUCUGUAGGAGAAUUUGUUAGCUUUUGCCUGGUAUAUAUAGAUGGCCUUUGACUAAAGCUACUUGCAAACGAGGGCAAGGUGCAGUAAAACUCGGAAGUAACUAAGCAGACUUUAAAGUUGAAUAUAAGUAAACGCCUUUUGCAAUUCCAUCACACAGGUUCAUUUUACAAAAUCCUUCCUAUUUAAAAGUCUGUGAUAGAUAUAUUCCUGCGUCGUUACCGUUAUCUUCUCGGUAAACUGUUCGCCUCCCAAAACAAAUAUUGUCGUGGAUAAAUAUUCCGAGAAUAUUUUUGCACCAAAUGGAGGCUAAAACGUAAAUUAUGUUGCGAUUUCCUCUUUUUAUUCGCGCAAUGUUUCACCCGCGGCAAUUUACCCGUGACGCCGGACCUACGAAGAUAAUGUUCUCCUAAGCCUUAAACAUGCUAAGUUUUGCAGUUACCUCGAUGAGUGUCUUACGCAAUUUGCAUAAUUUCCAGAAGGAUAUGCAUGAAAACAUCGCAAACUUCGAGAAGUAACUUUGAAAGAUCAAGACGCGUCAAACUAAAGUAAGUAAAUUGUGCUUUACCCUUACUUAGAUCUCUUGUCUCCUGAAAGAAUUCAAAUACUUAUACAGAUUUAUAAGCAAAAGCUGACGGACUUUGGGGUGGUUUCGCUGUUAUGCGUUUAAAAACAUCAAAGCGUAAAUUCACAAAGUUUUAAACGUCUAAGUGUACGAAAUCUUGUUGAUCACUGAGUUCUAAAUAAGAAGCUAAGUCGACAAAUGUGGCUGGCCAAGGGGAACUCGAGGUCCUCUGGAGUGAGUGAUGUUCUAUUGUAACUCAAAUUGAGGUAAGUAAGUGAGUAAGGUACAAAAAUUGGUUUAAGCAUUAACACAAUCAUACUAUUUUCACGUUGUUAAGCUUACGACAGAAAAACUAUCUCGAUCAGAUCACGUAAAGGUCGGCGUCUUAGGUGGGUUAGUAACGAAUAUGUUGAAAUCAAUGCUUUUGGGGUAUAUGCAGUUUUAACCUAUAAAAGAUUAAGAGGAAGUUCUUCAUGGAGUUACAGAUCAGUCUUACUUCCACUUUUCAUGAGUUUGAUAUUGGCUGUUUAUCGAAAAUUCAGAACAGUUAAAAAUACAUUUGCAUUUGUCAUGGUUUCGGUUCUUUACGCAUGGAGUACUCCUUCGCCCCAUCACACUCGAGAGAGCUUUCCGAAAAGCUUUAAAAUGCACUUUUAACCUAAAAAAGAUGUAGAGGAAGUUUCUGACGAAGUUACAGAUCAGCCUUGCUUCUACUUUUCAUGAGUUUGAUAUUAGCUGUUUAUCAAAGUUUGUGAAAAUUCAGAAAAGUUAUUUGCAUUUGUUAUUGUUUCGGUUCUUUGCAUGGAGUACUCAUUCGCCCCAUCACGCUCGAGAGAGCUUUUCGAAAAGCUUUAAAAUGCGUCAUGGUGAUGGAAAAAUGACUCUCCAAAAAUUGAUCAACUCUAGCGGGCGAAACUCGCUGACAUUUGGCGUGCUAUAUGUCCUGUCCUACACAUCAUGCUCCCGGAAUCCCGGAGUUUCAUUUAUUUUCCUCACAGUCUGUCAGGAGUGGAAAUAUUUUGCCAUAAGGACUCUCAAAAUUGGAAGCCAAUUAAGUUUUGACUUCUGCGCAGGACCCAUUGUCAGGGAUUGAGCAGGCAUAAAUAACUCGCUACGACUAAAUGCCCGGCAGCCGGGCACGGUCUCAAUUAGACUAAAUGACCUGCAGUCAGAAAUUUUGACAGAAUUUCCACCGAAACGUUCUUUCAAACUUCUUAAGAAUAUUACAUGUUUAAUUAGAGAAGUAAAGCGAUUCCAAACUUUGAUUUGCUUUUUUAAUAGAGAAAGCUUGUGCAUACUACAACACGGCUCAGUUGAUGACACUACGCCCCUAAUCAAAUUGCCUGUCACAGAAUUUCCACCGAAACGUUCUUUCAAACUUCUUAAGAAUAUCAGAUGUUUGAUUAGAAAUGUCAAGAGAUUCCAAAAAUUAGUUUUCUUUUUUGAUUAGCCAAAUUCUCCGAGCUUGUGCAUACUACAAAACCUCUCAGUUGACGACACUACGCCUCUGAUCAAGCUGCCGGGCUCGGUCUUGAAUGGACUAAAUUGCCUGCAGUCAGAAAUUUUAAUCAAAAUGCCACUGAAAGGUUCUUUAAAACUUCGAAAGAGAAUCAGGCUUUGGUAUAGAAAUGUCCAGAAUAUAAUUAACAUACUUUGUAACAAAAUAAAACACCAAAUAGACAACGCUUAAGCAACCUUGUGACGCAGAGAAAAUACAUGCUACAUUUCUUUCCGGAAUUGUGAUAAGAGGAUAUUUCUCCAGUUUACUAAUCCUCAGGAGCUAGUUAUCCUCUUUUGAUCAUCAGUUUCUUUGUUCAUUUACAGAAUGUACAUCAUGAUUAAGAUCAUCCUGCUUGUGAGUUUUCUGUUUCUGGUGGACAGAUCUUUGUCUUCACCAAUAAAACAAAACAAAACUAAAGUCCUUAUACUUGGCGCUGGACUCGCUGGAAUUAAAGCAGCGAAAACGCUACUGGACAGAAACAUCACCGACAUUCUGAUUCUGGAGGGAUGAAUUAUACUGGGGGUAGAAUACAUGCCGUGAAAUUUGCAAACUACACGAUUGAAACGGGAGCAAACUGGAUUCACUUUGUGAAUGAAGAUGAUACCAAACCAUUGGUGGAACGAAAGGAAGCGAGAGAUGUUCGUGUUCACAAAUAUAAUUAUUCAAACAUUAUUGUGAGGUAAGAUAGGUUGCUUCAACUUCGAUUAAGCUGAACAUUUCAGUAAAAUUGCAAAUAGGAAGGGCUUGAACUGAAUUAUGAAAAAGGACAACCUAUUAAUUUAAAAAACAUUACAAACAUGACUUUCUAGAUAUAGGAUUUUACACUGCUUUUAGGUAAAAAAAAUUACUUGUAAAAAAAAGAAAACCAACAAAGUAUUGGAGCUGAAAUUUUCCCAUCUCAACAAAGAGUAAGAUGUAAAUCAAAGGCUUGAUAGCCUCGAUUUCGUUACCCUUUAUAUGAACUCAAGACUUGAGAUAUUGAUCGGCACCUAGCUGUCCCCCUCCCCCGCGCCCCGCGCCCCGCGCCCCGCGCCCCGAGACGACUGAAUAGAUAAACUUAAUUGUGUAUGGAUAAUAUGUAAGCUCCAGUCAUGAGUCUGGAAGCAUUUCUUUAAAAGAAAAUACCUAACAAGACAAAGCAAGGCAAACCAGCAAACUAACCAACUAGGUAGCUACCAAACUAAUUACUCAAACGUUUUGAUGCCAUAAUCUGUACGAGUUUCUGAGGGACUCACUGCAAUUUUUUUUUCCUCGUGGAGACUAUUAAACAGAGAGAGAUGAAAAUUUGCGUUGGCAUUUGGUUAUACUUUGAACUUUUUACCGUCAUUUCUCAUGAAUUUUGUAGGGACGAAGAUGGCAGAGAUGUCACCGAUUUUGCCGUUUUUCAUGAGUUUGAUGAGAAAGUGACAAACAAAAUUGAAGACUUCCAAGAUGAAAGAAGAACAAAGAACUUUCCCGACAUGCCUGCCCGGGUUGGUCUUCAACUGAUGGGAUGGGAAGGAAAACGGCCCAUAGAAAGAGCCAUUGAAUAUUUUGAAUUAGACUAUGAGUUCGCAAAACCUCCAGAAGAAGUUUCUUUCUACAAUUUGUUUGUUCCUGGAGAAGAGUUCUUGGUGACUGAUGAGCGAGGAGUGUGGUCUAUGUUUGAAGAUCUGUAUAAGCCACUGGAAAAGAAAACUUUAUUGGGCAAAACUGUCACAAAAAUCAAGCUAAACCCGGAUUCGGUUGAAGCUCAGACCUCCGAUGGUUGGAGUUACCAGGCAGAUUACGCUCUUUGUACAUUCAGCUCCGGAGUUCUGGCCAGCGACUUGGUUACUUUCGAGCCAGCCCUUCCAGAUUGGAAAAAAGAGGCCAUUUAUAAAAACCCAUUAUCGAUAUACACAAAAAUUUACCUGAAAUUUCCAAAAAAGUUCUGGGAUGAUCGCGAAUAUAUUUUGUACGCUUCCAAAGAGCGCGGGCGUUUCCCUGUGUGGCAGGACCUGUCAAGACCUGGGGUAUAUUCCGUUGACAGCGGAAUGUUAGAAAUUAUGGUAACUGGAACCGAAGGACGAAGGAUUGAGGGGCAAUCAUUUAAUGAAACAAAGGCAGAGAUCAUGAAAAUACUGCGGAAGGUUUAUGGAGAGGGCGUCCCUGAAGCUACGGGUAAGGGCUAUAGUCUGUGAUCAUUCAAAAUCACUGCUUGCCUGUUUUUUUACAGGAUUUGGUUCAAUAGAAACUAAGAAGUUCAGGAUUAUAAGACAAAAAAACAAUACUUAAAUGCCUACACUGGUAGAAGGUGGCUAGUCUUAUUGGCUGAGGUCAGCUCUUUUGCAACAAGAAUUAAUCUUUACUGUCAGCACAAUGACAGUGUGGCUGGAGAUAUUACACAGUGCGAACGCUGAAAUGGCCGAGAGGCAGUCAAACUGUAUUAUUCCCGAGUUGUCUUAAAAGUCUAAAUACCACACAAGCAAGUAAGUUACGGCGUUUAAAAAGCACUUCACUUUUUCGGCGAAGCUACACUGCAAAAUUGUGAAGAAAUUUUGCGUGACAAGGGUUUUUUCAUUUGCUUUCUUUUUUGCGCGAGAAAUUAACGCACGGCUAGACAAAAUUAAUGGCUCUUCUUGCGCAUGCUGAACGUCCUACAGCUGUGUUCUUUAACAUAAAAUUAGUGUAUUUUCACGGUAUUUUCUUCAGAUAUAUACUAUCACCGCUGGUCAAAGGAACCGCUGACACAAGGCGCAUUUUCAGAGCCAGUGGUGGGUAUGACUUCUGAAGACUGGGAGAACAUUGGAAAAAACCUGGAACGACUGUACUUUGCUGGCGAGGCGACGCACGAUGAGUGGUUCGGCUACAUGCAAGGAGCUUAUCUAAGUGGAGACGAGAAAGGGAAAAGAAUCGCUGAACAGAUCUCCCCGUCUGAGCCUACAAGUAAGCCAGGAAAACCGAAGAGUGAGGCAACUUCGGUGAAUGUGUCUUCAUUAGGAGUCUUGUUGCUUUCCUAUUUUUGCUCACGUCUCUGUAUUUAA